AUGGCCCCAUCUCUGGUUGAGGACACUCCUCUGUCGCUCCGGGCGGCACCUAAGUCCACGCUUAAGACCGAUGCUGGUUUUAACAAGGAGAACGUGAUUGGCUAUGGGGAGGCCUACAAGCAUGAGAACGAGCUCAAGGGCACUGAGAAGCAGCCGCCAGCUUCGUUUCCCAACUAUCUUCCUGUCUGGGACAAUGAAACAGAAAGAUACCCUCCCCUCCAGCCCUUCGAACACUAUGACCACGGAAAGGAUGCCGAUCCGACCUUCCCUGACCUCCUACCCAAGGACAAAGUCGAAGUAGAUGACAUUACACCUACCAUUGGCACCGAGGUCCGCGGUGUCCAGCUGAGCCAGCUGAGCAAGGAAGGAAAAGACCAGCUGGCUUUGUACGUAGCUCAGCGGAAGGUUGUCGCAUUCCGCGACCAAGACUUCGCACAUCUGCCUAUCGAGAAAGCCCUAGAAUUCGGCGGCUACUUCGGCAGACACCACAUCCACCAGACCUCUGGAGCACCCAAGGGCUUCCCGGAGAUCCACCUCGUGCACCGAGGUGCCGAUGACAGGAGUGGAGCUGAAUUCCUGUCCCAACGCACCAACACCAUCACCUGGCACUCGGACGUGACCUUCGAAAAGCAGCCCCCUGGCACGACCUUCCUGUACAUUCUGGACGGACCAUCAAGCGGUGGUGACACUCUCUUCGCCGACAUGGCACAGGCAUACAGACGUCUAUCGCCUGAGUUCCGUAAGAGACUGCACGGGCUGAAGGCAGUUCACUCUGGCAUUGAGCAGGUCAACAACAGUCUGAACAAGGGGGGUAUUGCUCGACGGGAUCCAAUUACUUCUGAGCAUCCGAUUGUCAGGACUCACCCAACACUAACAGAAACAGUCACUCGAUACAUCGUCGGCUACAAGAAAGAAGAGUCUGACUACCUUCUCAAGUUCCUCUACGACCACAUUGCUCUCUCCCAGGAUCUCCAAACUCGGGUCAGAUGGCGUCCUGGAACUGUUGUCGUUUGGGACAACCGCGUUGUUACCCAUUCUGCCCUCUUCGACUGGGAAGAUGGUCAGAGACGCCACCAUGCGAGAAUCACCCCGCAGGCGGAAGCGCCGUAUGAGACGCCGUACGAGGGUUAG